AUGCAGCUGUCCCACCUCGGUCUGCUGGUAUUGUCCCUCGUCGCCUCCAUUGGAGCGAAGUCGACCUUCACGCCCGCGCGACCCCCGGCCCUGCCGUUGGCGGUUAAGUCGCCCUAUCUCAGCACCUGGCAGAGCGCAGGUAGCGAUGGUGGAAACGGCGGAUAUCUGGCCGGUGAAUGGCCCACCUUCUGGGCGAACCAAGUUACGGGAUGGUGUGGCUUGAUCCGCGUUGACGGGAAAGCCUAUACUUGGAUGGGUCUGCCAGGGUCCACGACGGUCGACCAGACUGCAUUUGAGUACACGUCAACAAAGAGCAUUUUCACCAUGAGUGUUGGUGGUCUGGUGGAAAUGAACAUCACCUUUAUGUCUCCGAUUACGCCUGAUGACUUCAAGCGCCAAUCCCUUGUUUUCUCCUACUUGAAUGUUGAAGUUUCGUCUUUGGAUGGCAAGGACCACAAUGUUCAGGUCUAUGCGGAUAUUUCUGCUGAAUGGGUUUCUGGGGACCGUGGUACCACUGCACAGUGGGACUAUGGUACCACCGACGGUGUUGCCUACCACAAGGUAUACCGACAGACUCAGCUGGCAUUCUCUGAGAUCAACCAGCAGGCCGAGUGGGGCUACUGGUACUGGGCCACUGAUGCCGCUAAGGGCAUGACCCAUCAAUCUGGUCAAGAUACCGUUGUCCGUGCUCAAUUCUCAUCUAACGGCACUCUGACCAACGGAGCCGACACCAACUACCGGGCCAUUAACAACAAGUGGCCUGUGUUUGGAUUCUCAUCCAACCUGGGGACUGUCAAUUCCGCCCCUGUCAGCACACUGUUCUCCCUCGGUCUGACCCAGGAUGAAGCUAUUCAAUACGAGGGUUCUUCGGCCUAUGCCCCAGUGCCGUCUCUGUGGAAGAGCUACUUUGAUACGGCGCUGGAUGCUGUCACCUUUUUCCACAAGGAUUUCACCGAGUCUAAUAAGCUGUCCAGCUCAUUUGACAGCCAGGUUGCUACGGACUCGAUUGCUGUCGCUGGUCAGGACUACCUCACGCUUACUUCCCUUUCGGCCCGACAGGCAUUUGGUGCGACCCAGCUGUGUGGCACAGAGGACAAGAUCUACCUGUUCCUCAAGGAGAUAUCAUCUGAUGGUAACAUGAACACCGUUGAUGUUAUUUUCCCGGCGUACCCCAUCUUCCUGUACUCCAACCCGGAGUUUUUGAAGCUGCUUCUCGACCCGCUCUAUGAGAACCAGGAGGCCGGCAAUUACCCCCAGAGCUAUGCCAUGCACGACCUUGGCUCAAAUUACCCCAAUGCCACUGGUCACAAUGACGGUAAUGACGAGGCCAUGCCUCUGGAGGAGUGCGGCAAUAUGGUCAUCAUGACCCUAGCAUAUGCCCAGGAAACCGGGGACACCGCCUACCUGAGCGCCCACUAUACUAUUCUUAAGAAGUGGACUAGCUACCUCGUCGAUGAGGCACUGUACCCAGCCAACCAGAUUUCCACUGACGACUUUGCUGGAUCGCUGGCCAACCAAACCAACCUGGCUUUGAAGGGUAUGAUUGGUAUCCAGGCCAUGGCCGUCAUUGCCAACGCGACUGGCCACACUGCCGAUGCAGCCGACUAUUCCAGCAUAGCCCGGGAUUACAUUACCAAGUGGCAGGGCCUGGGUAUCAACACGAAGGCUAGCCCGCCUCACACCACUCUAUCAUAUGGCAACGACAGCAGCCACGGUCUUCUUUACAAUCUGUUUGCCGAUGCCCAACUUGGCUUGAACCUGGUGCCGCAGUCCGUCUACCAAAUGCAGAGCACCUUCUACCCGACUGUCGCCAACGAAUAUGGUGUUCCUCUCGACACACGCCAUACCUACACCAAGGGUGACUGGGAGUGCUUCACCGCGGCUGUUGCCUCCGCCGACACCCGCAACAUGUUCAUCAAGCGUCUGGCCACCUGGGUCAACGAGACCCCAACCAACCGCGCCCUGACUGAUCUGUACGACACUAACACCGGAAACUAUCCUCAAAACACCUUCGUGGCCCGACCCGUGGUUGGCGGUUCCUUCGCACCCCUCCUCGUCGCCUCUUAA